CGGCGGCGGCGGGACACGCGGCCGCGGGCACGGACCGGCGCCUUCCGCGGGGUGAGGGUGCCGAGCAUGCUGUCCCUCCUGGUCAGGGCCGCCGCCACGGCCGCCCCGCUGCGCUCGCUGUGCCGCUCGUCCUUGUGCUCGCUGGCCCCGUGGGGACGGGCGGCGGGGCUGCCCGCGGCCUGCGGGAGCUCGGCCUCGCCGCCGUGGCGGGCGCCCCGCGGGCUGCUGGCCGUGCUGCCGCCGCUGCCGCCGCUGCUGGCCGGGCUGAAGACGCGGACGGUGCUGAAGAGGCGCUGCAAGGACUGCUACAUCGUCCGGCGGCGCGGGCGGGUCUACGUGUGCUGCAGGAGCAACCCCCGGCACAAGCAGCGCAAGGGGUAGCGCGGCCGGGACCCCGCCGGGCGCUGAGCUGGCACCGGUCCGGCUGCCGGGCACGGAGCCCCCGCCGCCCGUGUCCCUGUCCCCGGCCUGCCGCGGCCUCCGGAGCGGGCAGCUGGCCAUGAGAGUCGCGACAUCGUGUGCGUGACAAUGUUUCAUCUUUGGAACACCUAGAGCGAGGCGCACUUGCCCGAAUUUCAGGCCUUGGACGCGGAGAACUGAAGGAACAACAGCCUUCAGGACCUCUUGUCAUCUUAAGGGUGAAUGAAGCCUUAAAAUCACCGCGCUGUUAAAUUAGUAAGGGUGAAGCUGAAUCACUGGACUCUGAGGUGCAUUUGGGUUUGAUUACAGCAAAAUGAAAAUAAACUCCAUUGAUACUCAUUACUACAACA